UGGGACAGUACCCAUGUAUUGUGGGUGUUUGCCUGAGGCCUGGUAGAUGUGAUGUGACUGGUCCAACCAGUGGGGGCUUGAUUUUUGAACUCAGAGUUAAGAACCAUAGCUCCAGAUAAAUGAGUGUCUUACAUCGUCAUCGUUCCCUUUUUUAACAGACUAGCGUGAGCAAUGGCUGCAGAAUGUGUGAAAGUGGUUGUGCGUUGCCGUCCCAUGAACGAGAGAGAACGAGAGCUGAAUUGUGAAGCUGUGGUCACCAUGGACAGCAGCCGAGGUCAGUGCUUUAUCAGAAAGCCUGAAGCUCCUGAAGACACCCCCAAACAGUUCACCUUCGAUGGAGCGUAUUACACUGAGCACUGCACCGAGCAGAUCUAUAAUGAAAUAGCCUAUCCUUUGGUUGAGGUGAGUCUGUGGUUGGGGACAUCUUGUGGGAAGAUAUUGAUUUUUUCACGAAUGCUGUGAAAAAGCAGCUUCCUCUCUGAGGCCUUCAGAGUCCUGUUACAUUCUAGGUAGGCUUCAGACUUCUUUACCCUUCGAAAGAAAGUGUUUGAAAUCAGUGGUGUGUCUAUCUCAAGGCUCACAGCCCAUCAUUGUGUCCAAGGUCCGAUAGCUUGUUAAAUAUAAUACACAGGUAAACCAUUACAAAGUGGCAUGUGAGGGCGGGCCUUUGGGUGCCAAGGUGAGCAGAUAGUUACAAUUAGCUUCGAUAAUACAAUUAGCUGUGAUAAUACAAUAAGCUGUAGUGGUUAUGGUGUUGCUUUACAUUUUCCAUGUUGUGCAGGAAGACACAGCAAUAUGUUACAAAUUAGUAUUUCAGCCCAUUUCAAACUUCUCCAAUGGCACACGAGGAAUGUUCCACUGGAAAUGUUUGAAUGCCAAACCCUAAAAGGUUUUAGGUUUAAAGCCGGUCAGGAUUCAAUCAAUCAGUAUUAAGCCUUUUAUUUAAAUGAGGGAAACAAUAAGUGAGGACAUAACAGCUAUGGUUUUAAAGUGUGGCUAGUGGUGAGGUGACUAGGGAUUGCAUGGUGGCGUUACAUUGCUAACAAUAAAUAAAUCUAAAGCAUGGCUUGUUUGUCACAAAUGUUAUUAUAGAAACUCAGUAUUCCAAAUCCCUAUUCUUGUUCCAAACCUUAUCUCAAACUCUAAACGUUUCCCAAAUCCAGUCCACGCCCCUCAACCCAUUGCUUUCUACACCUUGAGGUACAGGGAAUGUGCCUAUAAUGGUGAUUUGUUUGUAAAAGAUUCACUUUCUUUGCACAGGGAGUGACUGAGGGGUAUAAUGGUACCAUUUUUGCCUAUGGACAGACUGGCAGUGGCAAAUCGUUCAGUAUGCAGGGCAUAUCUCACCCCCCUGCACAGAGAGGAAUUAUCCCCAGAGCGUUCGAGCAUAUCUUUGAAAGUAUACAGGUGAGAAAAGCUGAUGUCUGUUGUCAUGUGUUUAAAAAUGUGUCUCUGUAGCUGUAUAUAAUUGUUUAUGGGCCCAAAGACACACUUGGAUUUAAGAGAAAUAAGAGCUGUGAACCAAUAGCGUAUGUUAUCUGCCACGAAUGUAUGAUUUGCUAAAAUUCUUCAACCUCUCUAUUAAAUUGUGUUUAGCGUUAAAAUGUAAUAAUCACGGCUCCGGUUUCCUUCUUAGAAUGCUGCUAGAAUUCUUUCCAAGUCACAAAUUAACCUCUGCGUUGGUACACCUCUGAUCAGUCUCAGAACACAGAACCCUGCAGCUGUGCUGCCUUUCAAACACUCAGUGGAAGCAGUUAAAAAAAGCAAGCGAGACCAGCUCCUGCAGCCUAAGACUAAACAAGCUAUAAAAUUAUGAUUUUUGACACAAAACCAGCCGGCAACGGUGGCCCUCAGCGGGCAGAGAGCCCUGGAUCCAGGGUGAGGCUGGCCCAACGGGCUUCAGUCCCCUGAAGGAGGAUUCCUCACUGACAUUAUCAAGGCCUACUCCGGCGGUGAGCGGGGCGGACGGCCGCCGCUUGCCGCUCAGCGUUCAGAGUCAGACCCUCGGGGAACCGGCCCCGUACCCCCCCUCUGGACCGGGGGGUUAUCCCGGUCCCUACCCUUGGUACCCAACCACCUCGGGGGCCGCCAAGACCCGCAAGCCAGGCACUGGAACCAAGAUAGCGGAGGCCAUGUGCGAUGGCGUCAAGACCAGAGCCUCCACAGGUUACUUAACCACAUCGGCAGCACAAAAGGCAGACUGUAUGCACCCACGGCACAGACGGCAGUCAUCCAUUUGCAAGCACCCUCGAACCCCAACAAGCCACUGACCUCCACUAUGACUGGACUCUCAGUUACCUCCCGCGGGGUCCUGGCACUUCCUCCCUCCCCCGGGCAGGGAAACAAGACGUCCUACAGAUACAUCAGCCGCCCGCAACCACUACCGCACCGUGGGGCUUACCGGCACGUGGAGAAGCAGACGAGCAACCGCCCAAACCACUGUUGUCGGGGAGAUCCUCACACACAGCAGAGAACUAGCCCAGCACCCAGCGACAGGCACCCUGGCACAACAAAUCUGUAGCUGAAGGGGAUAUCUUUUACCCAUCUAUAGAGGGACUACCUACUACCGAGACUGUCUUACCUGCAACCAUUUUACCCUCAGGAACUUUGUGCCAUUAUCGUAUGAGAUCUGCCACCUGGUGAUACACUCCAUCCACAAGCUUGCCUAUAGAUCACCCUGUAAACUUGAGUACACAUCUUGUCAAUCUAACCCUCCUGUCUUUAGAUAACUGUCAUUUACUGGACUCACAAAAGCAUGUCUAAUCCUUGUUUAACUACUAUAACAAAUGCAGGAUCUGAAUAAGCUUAUUUAACUCAUCUCAUUAAUGCGAUUUAACGAACGAUUGAUGCAAUAUUUGACGUGUGAACUAAAGGCUUCCUUACUGUAGGAUAUGAUUAGUUAGACAGGCUGUUGGUUACUGGUCGAAAUAUAUAUCCCUCAUUUAAGCAUAGUUAAAGGGACACUGUAGUCACUAUAACCAUUUCAUCUCUUUGAAUUGGUUAUAGUGCCUGGAGUGCCCUGACACUGUCCCUCCAUUCAGUGUUUUACCAUGUUCGUGCAGUAUGCCACAAAAUAAGAGUCCCUGGCCACCCACAGUCCGGCCCCUUCUAUAUGUGUAGCUAAGGCAGAGAUUACACACUUCCUUGUUGUCAUACCCAUUCAUACCGUCAGUUGGAGCUUUGACAGGCUGAAAGCAGUCAGCUGACACUCUCAGCCAAUCACAGUUGCCCAUUGCUGCACAGGCUAAUACUUCCUUUUUAGCCAAAGCAGCACAGAGGGGAUGAACUGCCUGGGGCUCUUGUUUAGCAUUAGAACAUUAGAAAAUGUUUAAUGCUAAAAGAAAUGAUGGUACCAGGGACUCCAGACACUAUAACCAGAUUAAUGAGAUGAAGCAGAUACAGUGCCUAGGGUGUCCCUUUAAGCGUAAUUAUACCGAGGGUCCGAAGCUAAAGCGAUGACGCUCACUAUAACUACCAAACUACCAAACUUGUUACCAAACAACAGAAUAAUUCAUUAUAACUAACCAGCAUGUAUCUAGCCUGUUGUAUUAAUCUAAAAACAUGUGCGUACCAUCUAAAUGCUACCUAACAGUCAAAAACCUGUAUGUUCAAAUUGUCUAAGAAUGCUGUUGUGGCAUUACUGUAAAAAUAAAGAAUUAAAAAAAAUAAAAACGAAUCUCUAUCAGGAGAGUGCUGGAGGUGUGGAGAUGCGGAUGGCUCUGGGAUCCACAUGUGGUGGUCGUGUCCCCGCAUCGAACCUUUCUGGAGAGCGAUACAUAAAGGGAUUAAAGAUGUUACUGGGACGGACAUCCCAUUCCAGCCGCUGCCAAUGCUACUGAAUCAUACGAGCAUGCCAAUUUCCGCUUACAAGAAGGGCUUGGUAAUACACCUUCUCACGGCAGCAAAAUCCCUCAUCCCCAUGCUAUGGAGAAGUCAGGCAGCCCCCUCGCUCCACCAAUGGAUUGACAGGGUGGAAACGAUUCACAACAUGGAAUUGAUGACUGCGUCUCUGCAGGGGCGCUCGGAUAAAUGUGCGCUCACAUGGUUUCCUUGGACGGAGUACACGGCCAGGGGGGCCGCGGGGGGAGCCCGGCCGGGGGAAGGUGGCGCUCUCGCACCGGUACGGCUUUCCUCAUCCACAAUGACUUGACUGUGCCGGGGCGCCUCCCUGUAUAGGGGGGGGCACACUUCCCCAUCCAGACGACUAUGACUUCCCUUCACAUGCCCCUCAGUCCCUCCCAGACAGAUGACGCACGGAGACACUUACCCGAGAGUAGGCAUACAGGCUCACUCACCCCCUAACUUAGCAUUCAGAGUGAUUUGGGGAUGGGGGCUGGAAGUACAAAGCAAGGACUGGAGCUAGUCCACGGAGGCAUAGGGAGAUAGCGGGUUGGAAAGACUUCGGAAUAUCUUGGGAGCGGAUGGGUGUCGUACAGGACGAGGGGGGUCAGAGUGGAGGGAUGGGGGCUAACAAAGCAUCCGGAUGGUACGAGGGGAGGUCCUCUGGCGCCUUCAGCCUCACACACUUGGCUCAUCCCGGGCCUCAGACUCAAUACAGGAGAUGGUACCUGAUUUGACCCCUAGGGGGCUCAGGAUACUUACGCUAGGGGAGGAGAAAGGGCACGGUGACCUUGGAAGGCAACCGGCAGCGGACGGACCUCGCCCACGAACCAUCAACCCAGUGUAGGAGGUCGGAGGGUACCGAGGGAAUAAUGGGCCAGGGGCGAACCCACUAGAGGGCCUCCUUGUAUACGGCGGCAGGGGUAACAUGCAGUUAAGAAUGCCCGUUCAAAAGGCAAAAGGACAAGCCACAUAUCCCAUGCCCCACCCGGCGCAUGGGUCACAUGUGCUCUCCGGGGGUCCCGAGAUUGCGGUCCUGUGUGCCGCGCAGAUAUACCAGCGCAGUCAAAAACCUAGCCUAACUCAAAUGCUAUGACUCUGUCAAAUUUCAGGAGGUUGGGGGGGCCUAUCUGGAGUAUGUUACUUUUACUACCUGGCUCCUGUAUAAGGAGGUGAACAUGUUUGACUGUGUGUACUGAUCUAAACGUGCUGUAUAAAAUAAAUGGAAAAAUAAAGAUUGUCAAAAAAAAAAAAAAAAAAAUCUCAUGGCAGUUUUUUCAAAGCUGCCCCUUUGGCUUCAAUUUGCAAGUCACUAGAAUUCACUGUUUAGAACCGCACGUCUCAGUGACACCCCAUAGAAGCUUGCACAGUGCGCUUUAACGCUAAAAUCUUAUUUCUUAGAAAUAAUGACAGAGAAAUUUCAGCGUUUGGAUUUCAGAUUGGAAAGGAGAAGAGCCAAUGUUAACAAGUAAUAAUGUUUCUCUUAGAAAGGGCAUAGGAUUAUGGUGGGAGAGAGAUCAUACGGAAUUCAUCCUAUUUUAUAGAGAGCUCAGAGAGGAAAACAUGAGGAGUCAAAACUCAAAGGAGUCUGGAGUUUAAAGCUAAUUUCAUAUUUUAAGCCAAAGUAGCCCAAAUGAUAAGGUGAUUUAGAGAAUUUUAUCCAAUUCAAUUAUUCUGACCUAAAAUGUGAAACUCAUUUUAGUAACAAAUUGAAUUCCUGACUCUUUAGUGAAUAGCUGUUUAAAUGUUUUAUCUCGUUCUUAUUCAGUGUGCAGAAAACACAAAGUUUUUGGUUCGAGCAUCAUAUCUGGAAAUUUACAACGAGGAGAUCCGAGAUCUUCUUGGAGAAGACACUAAACAGAAACUAGAGGUAACGGAUAGAAGGUGGGAUGUGGUUUUGGCGGAGGGAUAAAAUGUGGCACAGGAUGAGACAAGGGAAUAGCAGAAAAUGUUUCAUAUAUGAACCUUUGUAAUGUCCCAUAGAGAGCAUGCUACGUGCUCAGACUAAGAUGUAGCCUGCCUUACUAACACUCUUGUGGAAACCUGGAAAAAAUAUGGACAAAAGUACUGGGAUACACCUUUAAAUUUAUUUUUUCAUUUAAUUCUUUAUUGAGGUAUUAAAAUGACAAAAAAUAGAAAAUGAACCUUACAUCGUUAUUAUUAAAGUAACAAUAAUACAUCAUUUUCCAUUUCUAAUCUUAACUACAUACUUUCUAAAACAUUCCUACUCCAUUCUACAUUAAUACUGACACGGGGGGAGAGAAGGGAAAGGGCCAUGUCAUGAAUUUGCGAUUGUCCUAUACCAUGUUUAUUUAUUUAUUUAUUUACCAUUGUAUAAAUCUGAAUACCCAUGUCUAUUACUAAAAGAGGAUGUUUGCCAUUUAUUCCAGAUUUUUAAGUAUAAGCUCCCUUCGUUGUUCAUUACGUAAUAACCUUUCUGUUUUGAACAUUGAUAGUUCAUUCGAUUUAUUAUUUAAUUCCAGUUUUGAUGGCCUUGCUUUUUCCAAUUUCUCGCUAUACAGAUUAUGGAUAAUAUAUAAUAAUAUGGAUCAUUAGGAAAGAAAGGGGUUUCUCACAAGGAAAAUCUAGAUGGAAUAGAAACUGAUGUGAGGAUAGAAAGAACUCUUUCCCUAGAAUUUCUGUUAAAAUUACACUGAGAUUAAAGGGACACUGUAGUCACUAUAAGCAUUUCAUCUCUUUGAAUCGGUUAUAGUGUCUGGAGUGCCCUGGCAUUGUCUCUCCAUUCAGUGUUGCCCCAUGUUCGUGCAGUAUGCCUCAAAUUAAGAGUCCCUGGCCACCCACAGUCCUGCCCUUUCAGUAUGUGUAGCUAAGGCAGAGAUUACACACUUCCUUGUUGUCAUACCCAUUCAUACCGUCAGUUGGAACUCUGACAGGCUAAAAGCAGUCAGCUGACACUCUCAGCCAAUCACAGCUGCCCAUUGCUGCUCAGGCUAAUACUUCCUUAUUAGCCAAAGCAGCACAGAGGGGAUGGAUUGCCAGGGACUCUUGUUUAGCAUUAAAACUUUAAAAACUGUUUAAUGCUGAUAUGUUUCCAGGUUGGGUUUGAAUAUAGGAUCAUAACGCUAUUUCUAAAUUUGCCUAUUAAACUAUUUUUGUAAUACCAGGUCCAUAAAUUGCCAAUUUAAUCUUUCAAAGGCCUUUUCGGCAUCUAAGGCCAAAAAGGCGGCUUUGAUUUUGUUUGGUCUUAACUUUGUAAAUGAGGUUAAGGACUCUACGGAUAUUAUCAGAUGCUCCUCUGUUCCUGACGAACUGCUUGAUCCACCUUUAAUGAUUGCAUUCAGGUUUUCAAUCAGACCCAUUCGGUGUGGUAUUAUAUGGUUGUAUAUGUGUCUGGACGUACGGACAUCUAUUGAACCUGAGGAAGUUAUAUAGGAAUCUCGUAGGAUCCUUUGGAUGCAGUAUUUGGGAGUUCUUUCAAGUUUCCUACGAUCUACUCAGCGAAGCUUUUGGGGCUGACAAUGUGUGGAGCAUCAAGAUAUGAGUACACUAUACAGCAAUUUUGUGUGCUGGUUAAAAUAUGUUAUUUUUGGUCUCUUUGUUUGUAUUGACACUAAACAUUGUAGAGGUUAUGAACACAUUGCUUGUAUUAAUUUGUUGUAAUGGUAAUACUAAUAUUAUGGGAUGUAUACUUUGUAGCGCUAAGAUAUAUAGUUAUAUUUGGUAUAUUCAAAAGCCCCCUUUUUUACAUUGGAGAUAUUGAGUAUACUGGUAUCAUAUUACUGAUUAAAUGGGGAUUUUCUUUUACACUUUUGUUAAUUGUAUUUUCUCUGUAAAUCUAGUAUGUAUAACUUUAAUAUAGCGUAUUUUGGUACAUACUAUUUAUCUUUUAUACAAUGGAUAUGGAAUGUAUAAUGUCUAUGUGGAUACUUGUUUUUCAGCCAUUAUAACCACACAAGGUUAUUUUAAUAUUAUUAAAUAAACUUGCACUUCACCUUGGUGUUACUUUGUUAUUUGGUGAUGGUAUUUAAUUAUUUGUAUUGUGUUAUUAUAGUGCUUUAAAUACUUUAGUAGGAGCAUGCUAUUUUUCUUUUUUUGCCUGUUUUAACUUACUUCUUUUCCAUUUUCCCUCUAUUACUAUUAUUUAUGGAUGGGUACAUCUUUAAGGAUUAUAUGGCAUUGCUGUGCAUCAUAUGGUGAUGGACCUAUGGUUAACCAUACUGAUAUAUAUAUAAACAGCGCUUGCCUAUCAUAACGCAUGCGCGGUAUUCUGGUUGUUACUGUAACGGCGCAUGUGCGACUGACUUUUCUGUAGCUACUAUGGGCAUUUUUUCCAGUAGCUUUAAUGGCAUUUCAUAUGGCCACUAGCGAUUGCGCAUGUGCGAGUUUGCUUGCGGAUUUAUGUAUUAUAAUCUGUGGUUCUAGUGUGCCCAGAGGAUAAGAGUAUUAGUACUACAGUUUUUAUUGAAUGGUGCAUGUAAUGAUGUAGAUGUUUAUGGAUAUGUUUUGGACUGAUAACGGAAGUGAUGAUGUCCCUUCCGGUUUCGUACCUGUUGGAUUACUGAUGGCCAUCAGAUGUAUGGCGGUUAUAUAAGUGGAUUUUGGUAAGUUAUGAUACAAACACCCUUGAAAAAGGCAGCCAGUAGGUGCCAAAACGUUGGGGGUAUUGGGGGCUCGUGUUUCUGCCAUAAUAGGCUUGUGAGAAUUGUGGUAAUUAUUACUGUUUGUUUUGCUAUGCCUUUAUAUUGUCACUUUGUAUAUUUGCUUUACGCUUAUUGUACCAAUUAUUGGUUUAUUAAAGUAUUUGCAUAACUCUUCCUAGUCAUUCCAGUGUGCAUUCUCUGUUUGAUAUAUUCAAUCAUACCCAUUGUCACAGGUGUAUAAAGGCAAGCACCUAGCCACAAACAUUUAACAGGCCAUUGGUUCAGUGAAUUUAAGCGUGGUACUGUGAUAGGAUGCCACCUUUGCAAUAAGCCAGUUUGUGAAAUUUCAUCCCUGCUUGAUAUUCCACAGUCAACUUUUAGUGUAAUUAUUGGAAAGUGGAAGUGUAAGGAACAGCAGCAACUCAGCCUCCAUGUAAAGUCACAGAGCGGGGUCAUCGAGGGCUGAGGCGCAUGGUGCAUACAAGUCACCAAUGCUCUGCAUGAAUCCAUUGCUGAAGAGUUCCAAUCUUCCUCUGGCAUUAAUAUCGGGGGGGAAAAAGUGUGCUGCGGGAGCCUCGUGGAAUGGGUUUCCAUGGCCAAGCAGCUGCAUACAAGCCUCACAUCACCAAGUACAAUGCCAAGCGUCAGAUCGAGUUGUGUAAAGCUCUGUAGAGUAACGAAUCACGCUUCUCUGUUUGGCAGUCUGAUGGGCGAGUCAGGCUGACUACAAUGUAAUCUGUAAAGUUUGGGGGAGGAGGGAUAAUGCUAUGGGGCUGUUUUUCAGGGGUUGUGUUAGGUCCUUACUUCCAGUAAAGGGAAAUCUUAAUGUUUCAGCAUAUCAAGACAUUUUGGAAAAUACUAUGCUUCCAACCUUGUGGGGACAGUUUGGGGAAGGUCCAUGAUGAGUUGUGUGUGGAAGAACUUGACUGGCCCGCACAGAGCCCUGACCUCAUCCCCAUCAAACACCUUUGGGAUGAACUGGAAUGGAGAUUGCGAGCCAGUCCUUCUCGUCCAACAUCACUGCCUGACCUCCCAAACGCUUUACUGGAUGAAUCGGCUAAAAUUCCCACAGAAACACUGCAAAGUCUUGUGGAAAGCCUUCCCAGAAGAGAAGCCUGGCAUGUUCCCUCGUUUAGAAUAGCCUGGCAUGUCCCCUAGUUUAGUAUAGUCUGGCAUGUUCCCUCGUUUAGUAUAGCCUGGCAUGGUCCCUCGUUUAGAAUAGCCCUCGUUUAGUAUAGCCUGGCAUGUCCCUCGUUUAGAAUAGCCAGGCAUCGUUUAGUAUAGCCUGGCAUGGUCUCUCAUUUAGAAUAGCCUGGCAAGUUCCCUCAUUUAGUAUAGCCUGGCAAGUUCCCUCAUUUAGUAUAGCCUGGCAUGGUCCCUUGUUUAGUAUAGCCUGGCAUGGUCCCUCGUUUGGAAUAGCCUGGCACGUUCCUUUGCUUAGUAUAGCCUGGCACUUUCCCUCGUUUAGUAUAGCUUGGCAUGGUCCCUCGUUUAGAAUAGCCUGGCACGUUCCCUUCCUUUGUAUAGCCUGGCAUGUUCCCUCGUUUAGUAUAGCCUGGUAUCUUCCUUUGUUUAGUAUAGCCUGGCAUUGUUCCUCGUUUAGAAUAGCCUGGCACGUUCCCUCACUUUGUAUAGCCUGGCAUGUUCCCUCGUUUAGAAUAGCCUGGUAUGGUCCCUUGUUUAGAAUAGCCUGGCACGUUCCCUUGCUUAGUAUAGCCUGGCAUGUUCCCUCAUUUAGAAUAGCCUGGCAUGUUCCCUCAUUUAGUAUAGCCUGGCAUGGUCCCUCGUUUAGUAUAGCCUGGCACGUUCCCUCGUUUAGUAUAGCCUGGCAUGGUCCCUCGUUUAGAAUAGCCUGGCACGUUCCCUCACAUUGUAUAGCCUGGCAUGUUCCCUCAUUUAGUAUAACCUGGUAUGGUCCCUCGUUUAGAAUAGCCAGGCAUGUUCCCUCGUUUAGUAUAGCCUGGCAUGGUCCCUCAUUUAGAAUAGCCUGGCAAGUUCCCUCAUUUAGUAUAGCCUGGCAAGUUCCCUCAUUUAGUAUAGCCUGGCAUGGUCCCUUGUUUAGUAUAGCCUGGCAUGGUCCCUCGUUUGGAAUAGCCUGGCACGUUCCUUUGCUUAGUAUAGCCUGGCACUUUCCCUCGUUUAGUAUAGCUUGGCAUGGUCCCUCGUUUAGAAUAGCCUUCCUUUGUAUAGCCUGGCAUGUUCCCUCGUUUAGUAUAGCCUGGUAUCUUCCUUUGUUUAGUAUAGCCUGGCAUUGUUCCUCGUUUAGAAUAGCCUGGCACGUUCCCUCACUUUGUAUAGCCUGGCAUGUUCCCUCGUUUAGAAUAGCCUGGUAUGGUCCCUUGUUUAGAAUAGCCUGGCACGUUCCCUUGCUUAGUAUAGCCUGGCAUGUUCCCUCAUUUAGAAUAGCCUGGCAUGUUCCCUCAUUUAGUAUAGCCUGGCAUGGUCCCUCGUUUAGUAUAGCCUGGCACGUUCCCUCGCUUAGUAUAGCCCGGCAUGGUCCCUCGUUUAGAAUAGCCUGGCACGUUCCCUCACAUUGUAUAGCCUGGCAUGUUCCCUCAUUUAGUAUAACCUGGUAUGGUCCCUCGUUUAGAAUAGCCUGGCACAUUCCCUUGCUUAGUAUAGCCUGGCAUGUUCCCUCGUUUAGAAUAGCCUGGCAUGUUCCCUCAUUUAGUAUAGCCUGGCAUGUUCCCUCAUUUAGUAUAGCCUGGCAUGGUCCCUUGUCUAGAAUAGCCUGGCAUGGUCCCUUGUUUAGAAUAGCCUGGCAUGUUCCCUCGCUUAGGAUAGCCUGGCAUGUUCCCUCGUUUAGUAUAGCCUGGCAUGGUCCCUCGUUUAGAAUAUCCUGGCACGUUCCCUCGUUUAGUAUAGCCUGGCAUGGUCCCUUGUUUAGUAUAGCCUGGCACGUUCCCUCGCUUUGUAUAGCCUGGCAUGUUCCCUCGUUUAGUAUAGCCUGGCAUGGUCUUUGUUUAGAAUAGCCUGGCACGUUCCCACGCUUUGUAUAGCCUGGCACGUUCCCUCGUUUAGUAUAGCCUGGCAUGGUCCCUCGUUUAGAAUAGUCUGGCACGUUCCGUCGUUUAAAAUAGCCUGGCAUGUUCCCUCACUUAGUAUAGCCUGGCAUGCUCCCUUGUUUAGUAUAGCCUGUCAUGUUCAAUCGUUUAGUAUAGCCUGGCAUGCUCCCUCACUCAGUAUAGCCUGGCAUCCUCCCUCAUUUAGUAUAGCCUGGCAUGUCACCUCGUUUAGAAUAGCCUGGCAUAUUACCUUGUUUAGAAUAACCUGGCAUGUUCCCUCAUUCUAUAUAGCCUGGCAUGUUCCCUCGUUUAGUAUAGUCUGGCAUGUUCCCUCGUUUAGUAUAGCCUGGCAUGUUCCCUUGUUUAGUAUAGCCUGGCAUGUUCCCUUGUUUAGUAUAGUCUGGCACGUUCCCUCGUUUAGUAUAGUCUGGCACGUUCCCUCGUUUAGUUUAUAGCCUGGCAUGUUCCCUCGUUUAGUAUAGUCUGGCAUGUUCCCUCGUUUAGAAUAGCCUGGCACGUUCCCUCGUUUAGAAUAGCCUGGCACAUUCCCUUGUUUAGAAUAGCCUGGCAUGAUUAGCUAGGCUUUCCUGCUUUGUAUGUAAUUCUUAUGAUGCCAUCUUUAUCCAUCACUCUUCUGUUUGUUCAUAUGGCGUGAUUUUACCUCUCUAUAAUUCUGAAAUCUGAGUGUUUAUUUUAAUUGGCGCCCAGGUCUGGCAGUCUGUUCCGUGUGAUUAGCUAUUUUACCGUUAAGGCCACAGUCAUCAGUACUUAGUUAUUAUGUAUUUGCAGCUGAAAGAGCACCCGGACAGAGGGGUAUAUGUAAAGGGUUUAUCCAUGCACACGGUGCAUCGCGUGGCAGAUUGCGAGAGGAUCAUGGACACGGGUUGGAAGAAUCGAUCGGUUGGAUACACACUGAUGAACAAGGACUCCUCACGCUCACAUUCAAUCUUCACCAUCAAUAUUGAAAUCUGCUCUACAGGUAUGAAUUUGGCUGAUUACAAAGUGGUGCAGUCAAUAAGAAUGUACACCAACAUUUCACAUUUCACAUAAAAAAAAUAAACCAUUCAUUUUAGGGGAAUUGGAUGGAGGCGUGUCAAUGGGCGGGGCUAUCAUAUGCCAUCUUUGAUUACUUCAGGACCCACCGAAGGGCAGGCUAUUUCAGCUGCUGCCCGUUCUCAGUAUACUCUUGCAACCCAUUUUUUUGCUCUCCACAAGUUUAAAGGGAUAAUCCAGACGUGGACCCCUUGCUCACGGUGCAUAGGGAGAUAUCAGCUAUGCCUCACUGAUGAUGCCUAACAAGGCUGAAACGAUCGUCUGGGGUUGCUGUGUCUCUCGUGCAGAGAGAACUUGCUGGCAUUUCGGAUCUGGACUGCCUGUAUGGGUGGGAUCACUCUGAUAUGUUUCAGAGAUGUUCUCUAUGUAAUGGCACAAGAUGAGCAAAAACCAGCUUGAGAUCUGAGCGGGGACCCACCGAAGGGCAGCCUAUUUCAGCUGCUGCCCGUUCUCAGUAUACUCUUGCAACCCAUUUUUUUGCUCUCUUCAUGACCUACUGAUAACCAUUUAUGGUAUCGUGAAUUAAUAUAAUUUAGUGCAGUGUAAAGACACAUUACUGGGAGUGUUAUAGCUGUGGAGCUCUGUUAUACGCUCUGACACAUUACUGGGAGUAUUAUUGCUGUGGAGCUCUGUUAUACGCUCAGACACAUUAUUGGGAGUAUUAUUGUUGUGGAGCUCUGUUAUACGCUCAGACACAUUACUGGGAGUAUUAUUGCUGUGGAGCUCUGUUAUACACUCAGACACAUUACUGGGAGUAUUAUUGCUGUGGAGCUCUGUUAUACACUCAGACACACCAACACUAUGGAGCUCCUAGAAAAGAGGGACAUUGGGAUAGAAAAUAGGUCAGAAGGGUUUGGCCUGAAAAUAGGGACUGUCCGUCCUAGACUAGGACAUUUAAGAGUAACAGAUAAGUGUCUAUAAAGUCUUCAUGGUAUUAAUUAUGACCUCUUUAUACACAGAUGAAAAAGGGGAAGAUCAUCUCCGUGCUGGAAAACUUAAUCUGGUCGACCUUGCAGGCAGCGAGAGGCAAUCAAAAACUGGGGCUACAGGAGAGAGGCUUAAAGAAGCCACCAAAAUAAACCUGUCCCUUUCAGCUUUGGGAAAUGUCAUCUCUGCUCUAGUAGAUGGAAAGGCCAAACAUAUUCCUUACAGGGACUCCAAGCUGACCCGCAUGCUGCAGGACUCUUUAGGGGGCAACACAAAGACCCUGAUGGUGGCUUGUCUAUCUCCCGCUGACAACAACUAUGAUGAGACCCUGAGCACUCUGCGAUAUGCCAACCGAGCUAAAAACAUCAAGAAUAAACCACGCAUUAACGAGGACCCCAAAGAUGCUUUGCUCAGAGAGUACCAGGAGGAAAUUAAAAAGUUGAAGGUCAUGCUGAUGGAGCAAAGUUCAGGAAAAGACCUGCCAGGUAACUGGCUGAGUGGUUUUCCUUACUUAUUAUAGGUAAUGUACUUUGUGUAAAGUGGGCAGAUGGAAUAAACCUGCCAAGGGUCCCUCAGCUAUUCGUGUCCCAUCAAACAAGCUACAGAGAGUUCCUUAACUAUUCGUGCCCCAUCAAUACCUGCAGAGAGUCCCUCAGCUAUCCCUGGCUGAUCGAGCUGCCUGCAGAGAGUCCCUCAGCUAUCCCUGGCUGAUCAAGCUGCCUGCAGAGAGUCCCUUAGCUAUCCCUGGCUUAUCAAGCUGCCUGCAGAGAGUCCCUCAGUUAUCCCUGGCUGAUCGAGCUGCCUGCAGAGAGUCCCUUAGCUAUCCCUGGCUGAUCGAGCUGCCUGCAGAGAGUCCCUCAGCUAUCCCUGGCUGAUCGAGCUGCCUGCCAGCUGUCCCUUAGCUAUCCCUGGCUGAUCGAGCUGCCUGCAGAGAGUCCCUCAGCUAUCCCUGGCUGAUCGAGCUGCCUGCAGAGAGUCCCUCAGCUAUCCCUGGCUGAUCGAGCUGCCUGCAGAGAGUCCCUUAGCUAUCCCUGGCUGAUCGAGCUGCCUGCAGAGAGUCCCUCAGCUAUCCCUGGCUGAUCGAGCUGCCUGCAGAGAGUCCCUCAGCUAUCCCUGGCUGAUCGAGCUGCCUGCAGAGAGUCCCUUAGCAAUCCCUGGCUGAUCCCUGGCUGAUCGAGCUGCCUGCAGAGAGUCCCUUAGCUAUCCCUGGCUGAUCGAGCUGCCUGCAGAGAGUCCCUCAGCUAUCCCUGGCUGAUCGAGCUGCCUGCAGAGAGUCCCUCAGCUAUCCCUGGCUGAUCGAGCUGCCUGCAGAGAGUCCCUUAGCUAUCCCUGGCUAAUUGAGCUACAUGCAGAGAGUCACCAGUUAGCCCUGCCCCAUCAAGCUAUCUUUUAUUUUCUGUAUCCUCACCCCCUUAUGUUAAAACACAAUAAAAACCUUAAAUGAAAAAAAAAAUACUCUCUUAUCACAGUCCAAACCAUUUUCUCUCUUUUGCAGUUUUUGGCUAAAAGUCAUAAAUCCCAAGACAGUUCUUCCAGUUCUGGGUUUAAUGAAUAGCGCUAUCUGUCUUUUGCCAAUCCUUCUAGAGGAUAAAUUCCCACAGGGAACCUCCUUGGUUAAAUGCACUGGGCUGCACAUCCUUACUAGUUUUUAGAUUUCAAUGAUUUAUUUCCUGAUGACAAUUAGAGUCUGACAUCCAAACUACCUGGUGCAUCUCGCCCAUUGGUUAUUAAUUAAACAAUUGUCAAGUCAACAAACGGCUCUUGAUUCUCUACCUACAGUGUUUGCGGCAUUACCGGUGAAACCGCCAGAGGUGCAAUCAAACGGUCCUGAAAUGGACGCAGAGGCUGAGAAGCGAAAGAUCAGACAGGUAACGCCCUAGUAAGCGUCCGAAUACUGCGUACGCCAAGUGAUAAAUUGAUUAGUUUCAUUACUAUACAUAUUUAUUUGUAAGAUAAUUCACUAAGUACUAGCUGACAAGAGAAAUGAGAAAUUUAGGUCAGAACAUGCUUUGUUUAAAGUUUGGUUGUUUUCCAUUAUAUCUGUAUUUCCCAGGUCAAUCUCUGAUGGAUUUGAUUACAUUACUAAGCCAUCUGUUACUUUUAGGAGUACGAGGAAAAGUUUGCGCAGCUGAAGGCAGAAUACGAAGCGGAACAAAAGUCUCGUGUGCGUCUGGAAGAGGACAUUAGCAAUUUACGGAAUUCAUACGAUCUGAAGCUCGCCAGCAUGGAAGAGAUAAGAAAACAUUCAGGUAAUUGGUUCAUAAUCAACAAUCCAUGAAAUGAUACAUACUGAAAUCCUUAUUUUUAUUUCAUUAGCUGUGAUAUCGGGGAACUCCAACUUACUAAAAACAUCUUGAAUUUGCAAUUUUCUGUUUAACGCUCAGUAGUUUCAUGUUUAGUAAAUAAAUCCCAAAAAGUUUAGAAAAUCUCUAUUAUUCAUUACAGUUUCAGGUGUAAAGAGCAUGCAAUAAUUAUUUUGGCUUGAAUGUAAAAUGUUGCCAAAAAUAUGAUCCCUAUGUUUUUAAAAGUAAAUACUACAAUAAUUAAAAUUAUGCAAAACCAAGAAAUAAAAAUGUCAAUAAGAAAUAUAUGCACCUUUAAACUUCUGCAGUUGGUUAGAGAGGAUCUCUAUAGUACUGACAGCGCUCUCUCACUACCAAUCAGGAGCCUCUCAUUCUGGUCCGUCCUGAACUCCUGUUCAGGACGAGUGAAAGUGUAACUUCUAGAUCAUUCCUACUUGCAUAUAUGGUGUCCAGACUCCAGCAAAGUGUUAAGUCUGAUCCUGAGCCAGCGGGGCUUUGUUAGUGUUUACUGAAGUUUCGAGACAGUCUCAGAAUUGCAAGUGAGUGCUGGUUGAUCAACCCUGUACACCCUCCAAGGUUUCGUCCCAAAGCUCCUUUCUAGUGACAUCUCUGUAGUCCAGUAUGUUCUCCUCUGAUUCAGGCCCAUCCUGUUGGUUGGGCCAAGUGGUGCUGCAACCUCCAGCGAAACUCCUCCUCAUAUGUGAACGCUGUCCAUGGACUAGCUGUAUACAGGGGCGAUGUGCGAAUACUAGCGUUGCCCUCAAUUAUAAAUCCAUAACGAUUCCGGUGUCUUCAGGAUGCUUCUAUAUUCCCUAGGAAGCCAUCCCAGCGCUGCCACCAGAUGUGGCAGACCGCUUGACACCCUGAAUGGGUGCAUCCACCAAUCACUGCUUCCUAGUACCUCGGAGUACUUCCAAGCACUCCACCAGACACCAUAACCACUGUAGGCAUUUAGCCGCUGCAGCUUGGCUGGGGUCUCACCCUCCUCCACCCACCCUGAACCCAAGUCAGGGAUCCAGCUUCCAGUGGGUAGACCUCUCCUCCUCCAGAGAGUAUAGCAGGAUAGCUCUUACAAGAGCUAGUAAUAUAGCUGUUCCCUACAAGCACGAGACGAGGCUCUGUGUUGAGGGUGAAGUAGAACUCUUUAAUGGCAGCCACAACUGGCCUUAUAUGCAAGUCCCCAUGCAAGGGGUUUUCCAUAACAUAUUCCAGGGGCAUUCACCACUGUAAUUACAUUGGCUCUCAGGUUCAGGACACUCCCACACAAAACAGGAUAAUCCCUCCCCCGUGCCUGAGAUAUAAUUGAGUCAGGAACUGUACUAAACUCAAUUAUCUCCAGGCACAGCAAACAUAUAUUUUACAAUAACCCAAAGGUAGCCCUAAAACGCAUGAAAACCCCACAAAAGUCAUAUCCCCUGAUAGCCCCGAUCUGGGGGACCAAAUAUCACCCAGAUCAGUUCAGGAGUUCGGAAUUUCCAUGGAAGUCAUAAUUUUGACCGACCGUGCACAUGGUCCUAUGCCCAAGACAAUUCCAGGGAAUUAGGGCCAAAGGUUUUUUGGAGUACAAAAGUAUAUAAAUCACAUAAGUUUUUAAAGGGCCCAUAGUCUUUUGGCAGGAGGCUGGCAAUCAGGCCCCUCGAUGAACAUGUGGCAGAGGCAUUUCUGCCACAGUAAUCAUUAUAUUAGAUGUAGACAUUUAACACAUGGAAUUAAUGGAUAUAUUCUUUUUACAGCUGGUGAAGUGAAUUCCGUGACUGUAAUUUCCAGCCCAACUGAUAUAGCAUCCGCACAGGUAUGAAAGCAAUCUGACCUAAAUGCGUUUAAAUCAGAAAGCUGACAAUAAAAUUAUCACUCCCAGAAACCCUUGCUGCUAAAAAAUAUUUCUUAUGGUAAAAGCUCAUUACUGCUAUAGAAAUCACAGUAAGCACCAGUCGAUAUCUGCUUCACGAGAGCUCGUUGUGAAUCCACACAACCUGAAGUGAGCAGGAAAUGCAGGAAUUUCAAAUGUGUAUAUCAUUUUUACAAAUUAUUUCUAUUGAUUAUAUGCAUAUAUUUAACACACUUAUUUCAAAAUACAUAAAAAGAAAUGGGACAGAUUCAGUCUGAAGUGUCCCAUUAAAGUAAAUCUGGUCAUGUCUGUGGCCUUCUAACAGUACAUAUGGGUGUAUUGAUAGAGUAGUGCAUGCGCCCAAGGACACAGUGCCUUUCUAAAAUGUUUUAUCCAGUAAUGUGAUAAUAAAAUAAUAUUUUCAGUAGAGGGCGCUUCUACCCCUCACCAACAUAUAUGUAAAUAUAAAGAGAUUUUGAUAAAUUAUUACUAUUGACAUUUAUAUAGCGCCAACUUGUUCCACAGCACUUUACAAUAUUAUAAAGGGGGAAUUUAAGAACAAAUGAGACAAACUAUUAGAUUGGGACAGGAACAAUAUGUUGAUGAAGACACUGCUAGAACAGGGAUUGUUUAAAACUGUUUUGCUUUCCACAGCAUCCAGAAUCUGCAAUUUCCCAGGUGGAGGUCAACCUCCAGAGUCCAGUAUCAGAGCCUGCCGCAGUCACGUUGCAUCCUCCAGAGGAGACCCCGAGUGCUGUGAGCCCCCAACAAGUGCUUGCCAGGUUGGGUACAAACUGCAAUCUUCUGUUAAUAAUAGAACAGACAGAUUAAUUCAAACUGAGGGUGCAUCCUUUACUGAUUUUAUUUUAUAUAUUUUCCUUAAGCAGUUAAACUAGGCAUCUAAUCUUCUAACUGUAUAACUAGCUGGCACCCAGAUUGCAGUUUAAUUCUAUGCCAGGCUGUGGAGCGCAGAGCAUUCUGGGAGUGUUUGUCACACCUGCUGUAUGUUUCUUUCAUUGAUGUUGGAUGUCCUUCUUUGUUUCAUCUGUUAUCUCUGCCCAUUGUUGCUUUAAACGGCUUGUAGGAUCACACUAUUAACAGUCACGUAAAUAUGUCUCCCUGUUACAGGCUUCAGAUCCUGGAGCAACAGGUGGUGGGUGGGGAACAAGCUAAAAAUAAGGAUCUGAAGGAGAAGCAGAAGCACCGUAAAAAGUAUGCCGAUGAGCGGAAGAGGGAGCUGGUAGCUGCUCUGCAGAGUAUAGAUGAGGAUGGUAGUGAUCGGGCCCUGGUCAAUGUUUAUGAAUCAAUCCAAGAGGAACUGCAGGUCAAGAACAGACUCUUGGAGAAGAAACAGAAAAAGGUGAGAACAUGUAGCUAUAAUCUAGACAGAAUGUACGAAGACAUUGGUGAGAGUGGUGACAGAGAAUAGUCAGAGUAUCUAGGGAUGUGAGUACGACACAAUAAGUAUUCCUGAAACACAGGCUUGGGGGAUUUAAAGAUCAAAGCUCAGGUACAUCUUACCCCGAAAAGAGAUGGACGUUUGAUGGGCGAUCUCACUAUAACCUUGGCUGGUCAGAUAGAGGGAUACUUCCCUGUGAGGAGAAGUGGAGUGGAGGGGGGGGGUGAAAUAGGUUUAGAUCAUGGAAACUUACGUCUAAUGUUCUUUCAUUCGUCCUCCCUCCUUCCUUCCCCUCCAUUUCUUCCUUCUCGUUAUUCUUUCCUUCUUGUCCUUUUUUCUUCCUUUGCUCUUUGAAUUGUAGCUGAGAGCUGCUGAGAUUGAGAUUGAGGAUCUGCAUGCAGAGUUUGAGCGGGAUCGAAAUGAUUACCUCGUCACAAUCCGCCGGCAAGAGAGAGAACUCCUUCUUUAUCAGCAGAUUCUGGGUCAGAUCCAGUCACUCAUCCGGCGAGACUGCAAUUAUAGCAACUUAGACAGGAUCAGGAGAGAGGCAUCAUGGGACGAGGAUAGUGGCUACUGGAAAUUACCCGAAGUUGUAAUGCAAAGAACAAGUCUCCCUACAGGUGAGCAAAAUAAUACAACAGCAGCUGUGCUAUCCAAGUUAUAGACAUGGAAUCUAUAAAGUAAUAGUAUAUCCUGAGUACCCAUACAGUGAUAUACCCUGAGUAUCCAUAGUAUUAAUAUACCCUGAGUAUCCACAGUAAUAAUAUGCACUGAGUAUCCAUAGUAUUAAUAUACCCUGAGUAUCCACAGAAAUAAUAUACACUGAGUAUCCAUAGUAUUAAUAUACCCUGAGUAUCCACAGUAAUAAUAUAUACUGAGUAUCCAUAGUAUUAAUAUACCCUGAGUAUUCACAGUAAUAAUAUACACUGAGUAUCCAUAGUAUUAAUAUACCCUGAGUAUCCACAGUAAUAAUAUACACUGAGUAUCCAUAGUAUUAAUAUACCCUGAGUAUCCACAGUAAUAAUAUACCCUGAGUAUCCAUAGUAUUAAUAUACCCUGAGUAUCCACAGUAAUAAUAUAUACUGAGUAUCCAUAGUAUUAAUAUACCCUGAGUAUUCACAGUAAUAAUAUACACUGAGUAUCCAUAGUAUUAAUAUACCCUGAGUAUCCACAGUAAUAAUAUACACUGAGUAUCCAUAGUAUUAAUAUACCCUGAGUAUCCACAGUAAUAAUAUACCCUGAGUAUCCAUAGUAUUAAUAUACCCUGAGUAUCCACAGUAAUAAUAUAUACUGAGUAUCCAUAGUAUUAAUAUACCCUGAGUAUUCACAGUAAUAAUAUACACUGAGUAUCCAUUGUAUUAAUAUACCCUGAGUAUCCACAGUAAUAAUAUACCCUGAGUAUCUAUAGUAUUAAUAUACCCUGAGUAUCCAUAAAAUAAUAAUAUACCCUGAGUAUCUAUAGUAUUAAUAUACCCUGAAUAUCCAUACAGUAAUAAUAUACCCUGAGUAUCUAUAGUAUUAAUAUACCCUGGGUAUCCAUAGUAGUAAUAUACCUUGAGUAUCCACAGUAUUAAUAUACCCUGAGUAUCUAUAGUAUUAAUACAAUUGCAAGAAAAAGUAUGUGAACCCCCUUGGAAUGAUAUGGAUUUCUGCACAAAUUGGUCAUAAAAUGUGAUCUGAUCAUCAUCUAAGUCACAACAAUAGACAAUCACAGCCUGCUUAAACUAAUAACACACAAAGAAUGAAAUGUUGCCAUGUUUUUAUUGAACACACCAUGUAAACAUUCACAGUGCAGGUGGAAAAAGUAUGUGAACCCUUGGAUUUAAUAACUGGUUGAACCUCCUUUGGCAGCAAUAACUUCAACCAAACGUUUCCUGUAGUUGCAGAUCAGACGUGCACAACGGUCAGGAGUAAUUCUUGACCAUUCCUCUUUACAGAACUGUUUCAGUUCAGCAAUAUUCUUGGGAUGUCUGGUGUGAAUCGCUUUCUUGAGGUCAUGCCACAGCAUCUCAAUCGGGUUGAGGUCAGGACUCUGACUGGGCCACUUCAGAAGGCGUAUUUUCUUCUGUUUAAGCCAUUAUGUUGUUGAUUUACUUCUAUGCUUUGGGUCAUUGUCCUGUUGCAACACCCAUCUUCUGUUGAGUUUCAGCUGGUAGACAGAUGGCCUUAAGUUCUCCUGCAAAAUGUCUUGAUAAACUUGGGAAUUAAUUUUUCCUUCGAUGAUAGCAAUCCGUCCAGGCCCUGACGCAGCAAAGCAGCCCCAAACUAUGAUGCCCCCACCACCAUACUUCACAGUUGGGAUGAGGUUUUGAUGUUGGUGUGCUGUGCCUUUUUUUCGCCACACAUAGUGUUGUGUGUUUCUUCCAAACAACUCAACUUUGGUUUCAUCUGUCCACAGAAUAUUUUGCCAGUACUGCUGUGGAACAUCCAGGUGCUCUUGUGCAAACUGUAAACGUGCAGCAAUGUUUUGUUUGGACAGCAGUGGCUUCCUAUGUGGUACCCUCCCAUGAAAUCCAUUCUUCUUUAGUGUUUUACGUAUUGUAGAUUCGCUAACAGGGAUGUUAGCAUUUGCCAAUGACUUUUGUAAGUCUUUAGCUGACACUUUAGGAUUCUUCUUCACCUCAUUGAGCAGUCUGCGCUGUGCUCUUGCAGUCAUCUUUACAGGACUGCCACUCCUAGGGAGAGUAGCAGCAGUGUUGAACGUUCUCCAUUUAUAGACAAUUUGUCUUACCGUGGACUGAUGAACAGCAAGGCUUUUGGAGAUACUUUUAUAUAACCAUUUCCAGCUUAAUGCAAGUCAACAAUUCUUAAUCAUAGGUCUUCUGAGAGCUCUUUUGUGCGAGGCAUCAUUCACAUCAGGCAAUGCUUCUUGUGAAAAGUAAACCCAGAACUGGUGUGUGUUUUUUAUAGGGCAGGGCAGCUGUAACCAACACCUCCAAUCUCAUAUCAUUGAUUGGACUCCAGUUGGCUGACAUCUCACUCCAAUUAGCUCUUGGAGAUGUCAUUAGUCUAGGGGUUCACAUACUUUUUCCACCUGCACUGUGAAUGUUUACAUGGUGUGUUCAAUAAAAACAUGGCAACAUUUCAUUCUUUGUGUGUUAUAAGUUUAAGCAGACUGUGAUUGUCUAUUGUUGUGACUUAGAUGAUGAUCAGAUCACAUUUUAUGACCAAUUUGUGCAGAAAUCCAUAUCAUUCCAAAGGGUUCACAUACUUGCAACUGUAUACCCUGGGUAUCCAUAGAAGUAAUAUACCCUGAGUAUCCACAGUAUUAAUAUACCCUGAGUAUCUAUAGUAUUAAUAUACCCUGAGUAUCCACAGUAAUAAUAUACCCUGAGUAUCCAUAGUAUUGAUAAACCCUGAGUAUCAACAGUAAUAAUAUACCCUGAGUAUCCAUAGUAUUACAAUACCCUGGGUAUCCAUAGUAUUAAUAUACCUUGAGUAUCCACAGUAUUAAUAUAUCCUGAGUAUCCAUAGUAUUGAUAUACCCUCAGUAUCCACAUUAAUAAUAUACCCUGAAUAUCCAUAGUAUUACUAUACCCUGGGUAUCCUUAGUAUUAAUAUACCUUGAGUAUCCACAGUAUUAAUAUAUCCUGAGUAUCCAUAGUAUUGAUAUACCCUCAGUAUCCACAUUAAUAAUAUACCCUGAAUAUCCAUAGUAUUACUAUACCCUGGGUAGCCACAGUAUUAAUAUACCCUGAGUAUCCAUACAGUAAUAUACCCGGAGUAUCCAUAGUAACACUAUACCCUAAUUAUCCAGAGAAAUAACAUAUCUUGGGUAUCCAUAGUACUAGUAUACCCUGAGUAUCAAUAGAGUAAUAACAUAUCCUGAGUAUCCACAGUAUUAAUAUAUCCUGAGUAUCCAUAGUACUAAUAUACCCUGAGUAUCCAUACAGUAAUAUACCCUAAAUAUCCAUAGUAUUAAUAUACCCUGGGUAUCCAUACAGUAAUAACAAACCCUGAGUAUCCAUACAGUAAUAAUAUACUCUCACUACCCAUACAGUAAUGUACAAUGAGUAUCCAUACAGUAAUAUACGGUACCCUGAGUAGUGAUGUCCCGAACGGUUCGCGAACGGUUCGCCGCGGACUCAUCAUUGAGUAAACUUUGACCCUGUACCUCACAGUCAGCAGACACAUUCCAGCCAAUCAGCAGCAGACCCUCCCUCCCACCUCCUGGACAGCUCACUAAGAAUGCAGCUUCAAAAUGGAUGCUGUCCAGGAGGUGGGAGGGUCUGGGAGGGAGGGUCUGCUGCUGAUUGGCUGGAAUGUGUCUGCUGACUGUGAGGUACAUGGUCAAAGUUUACUCAAUGAUGAGUCCGCGACGAACAGUUCGUGGUGAACCGUUCGCGAGCCGUUUGGCACACCGUUCGGGACAUCACUAACCCUGAGUAAUAUAAUAUACCCGGAAUAUACCUUUAGUAUCCAUAGUAUUAAUAUACCCUGGGUAUCCAUAGUAUUAAUAUACCCUGGGUAUCCACAGUAUUAAUAUACCCUGAGUAUCCAUAGUAUUAAUAUACCCUGGGGAUCCACAAUAUUAAUAUUCCCUGAAUAUCCAUAGUAUUAAUAUACCCUGAGUAUCCAUGGUAAUAAUAUACCCUGAGUAUCUAUAGAAAUAACAUAUCCUGAGCAUCCACAGAAUUAAUAUACCCUGGGUAUCCACAGAAUUAAUAUACCCUGGGUAUCCACAGAAUUAAUAUGUCCUGAGUAUCCAUAGUAUUAAUAUGUCCUGAGUAUCCAUAGUAUUAAUAUACCCUGAGUAUCCAUGCAGUAAUAUACCCUGAGUAUCCAUAAAGUAAUAAUAUACCCUCAGUAUCCUGAAGUAAAAAUAUACAAUGAGUAACUAUGUAGUAAGCAGGUCCUAUAGUAAUAUUGCUAUUAAAGUAAUUGUUGGUAUAAGGCUAUUGUUUGGGUUUUCUGACCCUGCAGCUCCAGGUUUGCCACAGGCCAAAACGAAAAAAGUAUCACCUGUUGAGAAUGGAGAACACCAAAUGGUAUGUGAGAUCGUGUACAAUAAAUCCUCACACUGCUCAUGAGCACAGAAUUAGAUUAUAUAGUUAUACUGGGUGUGUUUAUAUUAUUAAAGAGACACUCCAGGCUUCCACACACGUUAGGUGCACUGUGUAGGUUAGGUUACAGUUAGUUAUAGUGGGUGGGUUUCUAUUAUUAAAGGGACACUCCAGGCUCCCACACACGUUAGGUGCACUGUGAAGGUUAGGUUACAGUUAGUUAUAGUGGGUGGGUUUAUAUUAUUAAAGGGACACUCCAGUCUCCCACGAACGUUAGGUGCGCUUUAUAGGUUAGGUUACAGUUAGUUAUACUGGGUGGGUUUAUAUUAUUAAAGGGACACUCCAGGCUCCCACAAAUGUUAGGUGCGCUUUGUAGGUUAGGUUACAGUUAGUUAUACUGGGUGGGUUUAUAUUAUUAAAGGGACACUCCAGUCUCCCACAACGUUAGGUGCGCUUUAUAGGUUAGGUUACAGUUAGUUAUACUGGGUGGGUUUAUAUUAUUAAAGGGACACUCCAGGCUCCCACAAAUGUUAGGUGCGCUUUGUAGGUUGGGUUACAGUUAGUUAUACUGGGUGGGUUUAUAUUAUUAAAGGGACACUCCAGGCUUCCACACACGUUAGGUGCACUGUGUAGAUUAGGUUACAGUUAGUUAUACUGGGUGGGUUUCUAUUAUUAAAGGGACACUCCAGGCUCCCACAAAUGUUAGGUGUGCUUUGUAGGUUAGGUUACAGUUAGUUAUACUGGGUGGGUUUAUAUUAUUAAAGGGACACUCCAGGCUCCCACAAAUGUUAGGUGCGCUUUGUAGGUUAGGUUACAGUUAGUUAUACUGGGUGGGUUUAUAUUAUUAAAGGGACACUCCUGGUUCCCACACACGUUAGAUGCACUGUGUAGGUUAGAUUACAGUUAGUUAUACUGGGUGGGUUUCUAUUAUUAAAGGGACACUCCAGUCUCCCACGAAUGUUAGGUGCGCUUUAUAGGUUAGGUUACAGUUAGUUAUAUUGGGUGGGUUUAUAUUAUUAAAGGGACACUCCAGGCUCCCACAAAUGUUAGGUGCGCUUUGUAGGUUAGGUUACAGUUAGUUAUACUGGGUGGGUUUAUAUUAUUAAAGGGACACUCCAGUCUCCCAUGAACGUUAGGUGCGCUUUAUAGGUUAGGUUACAGUUAGUUAUACUGGGUGGGUUUAUAUUAUUAAAGGGACACUCCAGGCUCCCACAAAUGUUAGGUGCGCUUUGUAGGUUGGGUUACAGUUAGUUAUACUGGGUGGGUUUAUAUUAUUAAAGGGACACUCCAGGCUUCCACACACGUUAGGUGCACUGUGUAGAUUAGGUUACAGUUAGUUAUACUGGGUGGGUUUCUAUUAUUAAAGGGACACUCCAGGCUCCCACAAAUGUUAGGUGUGCUUUGUAGGUUAGGUUACAGUUAGUUAUACUGGGUGGGUUUAUAUUAUUAAAGGGACACUCCAGGCUCCCACACACGUUAGAUGCACUGUGUAGGUUAGGUUACAGUUAGUUAUACUGGGUGGGUUUAUAUUAUUAAAGGGACACUCCAGCUCCCACACACGUUAGAUGCACUGUGUAGGUUAGGUUACAGUUAGUUAUACUGGGUGGGUUUAUAUUAUUAAAGGGACACUCCAGGCUCCCACACACGUUAGAUGCACUGUGUAGGUUAGAUUACAGUUGGUUAUACUGGGUGGGUUUAUAUUAUUAAUGGGACACUCCAGGCUCCCACACACGUUAGAUGCACUGUGUAGGUUAGGUUACAGUUAGUUAUACUGGGUGGGUUUAUAUUAAUAAAGGGACACUCCAGGCUUUCACCCAUUAGAUGUACACUUACAUGUAGGUUUAUUCAAUAAUUUAUUGCUAAUAAUAUAUAUAAAUAGUUGGAUAAUAACAAAUUGCUUUGAGGCUUUCCCACUAGAAUAAACUGUGACUUUCUACUUUCAUGUCUAUCUGCCAGGAAGAGGAUCGUUACAAAAAGAUGCUGAGCCGAAGUGACAGUGAAAACAUUGCCAAUAACUACUUUAAAUCAAAGCGAGCUAGCCAAAUCCUCAGCGCUGAUCCCCUAAAGAGUUUUGGUAAGACGAUCUGUAAUAUCUUAUGAUGUUGGAGGAGGGCAUAGAAAGAUGUGAAUUGAUUUGGAUCAUCAGUAUAAAAUUGUAUUGUAGCAGAAAUACAAGCAGCAGGUAUAGUGACAGUCAGGGCUCAGAGUUCCCACUAGCUAUUAGCAAGAACAAAUUCACCCCUGGUGAGUUUGCCAUGGACCCUCCAGGCUUGCAGUGCUGAGUAACAUUUAGGCCUUACUAGUAGUGCAGGAUGUGAAAUAAUGAGCCCUGGUCACAGUCAUAAAUUCUGAAUAGUCACCAGAACAGUUAUUACUAAACAAUAGAAAAUAGGGGCCUGGAUUCUUCAAAUAGAGGCAAAUGUAUGGAAUCAUGUCAACUAUGGGUAAAAUUAAAACCUUCUCAAACUGUGGACCCUGUGGCUGGUAUUCUUUUACCCUGCUUGUCUGCUUUUUCUAUAGACCCCUUUCUCCACCCCAUCCUCUCCCAUUUGUCACCUUCCCCUUUUUUCCCACUGCUGCUAGUCUCAUGUUUCCUUUUCACUUGCUUUUUAUCUCUUUUUCUCCUCAAUUACCUAACUGUUUCUCCUGAUGCAAACCAGAUGAAUAGCUAAAGGUUGCUAGCACUGCCUUGGCCUGAUAAAGAUCCUGCAAAGGAAAGCUGGCCGCUGGCUAAGCCCUGACUGGACUGAAAGGUAGAUCCCUAGAUGUUGUAGAACUACAACUCCUAUGAUGCCUUUAGAAUGACAAAGCUCAUGGAAGGUGUAAUUUUAAAACAUCCGUGGAUCUACCUUUUGGGCACCCCCGAUACAGGUGGCAGGAUCCUUCAGUUUAUGCUGCACAACAUUCCUUGUGGUUCACUUUAUAAGCAAAAAUACAGAACAUUGUGGUUCUGGAAUAGGAUUUAGGAUAUCAUUGUAGUUCUAAUGGGGUUACUUGGGGUGUUUUGAUUAUGAAGGCUUAGUAUUAUGGGUGCAUUUCCUUUAUUCUGGAUUGGGGAUUUGGAUGAAAUUAAUGAAUGGGAUUUAUGUAUAGUUAGGCUGUUUUUUUACAGCUUUUUUUAGCAAAUUGAUAUAUUUUGCUAAUUUUAACAGCUUAUCGAACAGUAGGUCUGUUCUGUGGCUGUGCAAAUACAGCUUAAAUAAUCGCAUUGGCCUUUUGUAAAAAGCUAAAUGAUUUUUCAUAGUAAGUUUUUGGUAGAAACAGCUAAUUCUGGUCAGUUGAACCAUUCAGCUGCCUUAAGGUGUUUAGUGAACCGGCCUGAAGAAAUGUCCACCUUAACAAGAGACUGUGUGAAAGUAUGCUGUAUAUUUUUCUAUAUGUAUGUGUUGUUCACAACGCUUUACUCUAUUUGGGAUUUACUAAUUUACAAGUCAUUCCUGUGUCUUUAUGUUAAAUGACAGCUCUCCAUAACGCAUCUCCGGCAUAUUCUGCUCCCGCCAAUACAGCUGGCUCUGUUUUUAAUGCAAAUAUAAGCUCUGUGUCCCCUAUCCAAGGAAUGGAUAUGCCUUUGCCACGGCCUUUUCGCCUGGAAUCCUUGGAGCUCCCCAACCCUUCGGCCAAGAGUAGACGUAAAAAAAGCAAAGUUCCGCCAGGUUUUGAACCUCUGUGAUCUGGUCAUAAGCUUGAAGUAAUUCAUCAUGAUUACAAAGGAAUCCUUGAAAUUUGCUCGUCUUUCUCUUGGCUAUGAGUUCACCUUCAAAAUCAAGGAUUUUUUUAAACUAACAGAACUGUUGUCAGCAAUUUCUUUCCAUUACAGGCCAGAGACCUUUUUAGCGCGACGCUCUGCCUUGGGGCAGUAAGUGCAGUGUUAGUUAAGAAAAUUAAUGUCCUCAAAAGUUAUCAAGCACCGAAACUGCCGUUUAGAAUGCGCACCAUGAUUGUACCAUCUGUAACGCUGGGACAUCAAAUGACUUACCGAGAAUCAGGAGAAACUGUCAUGAAUGGAUCCUGGCAUCUAAUAUGUGACUGUGUCACAUUCAUUGUUGGUACCAGAUGAACUAUGUUGUGUUGGUAGAAUACCUCUGUUGUCAAAUGUCUGUAACCUAAACCACUGCCUGAGGAAGAACACCUUAUGAUGUAGCAUGUAUGUUAUUUAACUCUGAUCAUAAUCAAAAAUACUGAUGUUUCAAAAGCCUAUAUUGAUUUCAGAGUGAGCCACGUUGCAAAAAUGUGAAUAAAGCUUUUAUGUGGUUCUAA